CGCGGUCGUCGCCACCCGCAGCAUGUCGCUCUCGUUUCUCUCGAAAAAGUCGUGGCACGUGGCGAACGUGAGCAACGUCGAGAAGGUCUGGCUGGCCGAGCAGAAGCUCGAGCAGGAGAAGAAGAAGCUCGAGGAGUACACCCACACGCUCAAGGAGGAGCGCCAGAAAGAGGAGCUGCUCCGGCUGCAGCAGGAGCAGGGCCUCGUCGCGCCGCGCAAGGAGCGCGUCGACUUUUUGUACGAGCAGCAGGAGACGGCCGCGUCCGCGUACCUGCUCGGAAAGCCCGUCGAGCUCAAGCCAGAAGACCACGACAUCAAGAAGGUCGAGCACCUGCCUGGCUCCAACUUUCUCAACGGCCAGAACAACCUCUCGAGCUCGCACAACGAGGAGUUCAACAAGAUGAACAACGACCCCCUCGUGAUGAUGCGCGCAAAGGAGCAAGAGGCGCUCAAGCGGAUCCUCGACAACCCGCUCAAGAUGAAGCAGAUCCGGGGCACGGUUCAGCCGCCGCAGCCGGCGGCGGCCGGCCGCGCCGCGGGCCGCGGCGCCAGCCCCGAGGCGGGGCGGAAGCGCAAGAAGGAGAAGAAGGAGAAGCGCUCCAAGAAGGAGAGGCGCGAGCGCAAGGAUGGCAAGCACGAGCGCAAGCAUAAGCGGCUGCGUCGCUCCGGUGGCGGACGCCAGACCACCGCAGCCGGGUGGGCGGCACGGGGCGCGCUCAUGUCUCCCGGACUGGCCUCGUUAGGCAGCCGCUCCUCUGCGUCUACCGACUCUGACGACGGCGG